AUGGGAGACCCAGUCCAGUUAAAGGAGGAGGGCAACAAGUACUUCCAAGCUGGCGACAUUGAUAAGGCCAUUGAAUGUUACACAAAAGCCAUCAAAGUUUGCAAGGACAAGAAAGUGUUGGCUGUCAUCUUCAGAAACAGAUCGGCCUGUUACCUGAAAAAAGAAAACUACAGCAAUGCCGCCUCUGAUGCCUCCAGAGCCAUUGAUGUGGAUGGCUCAGACAUCAAAGCCUUAUACAGACGAUGUCAGGCACUUGAGAAAUUAGGCAAACUGGACAUGGCCUUCAAAGAUGUGCAGAGAUGUGCCACUCUGGAGCCCAAGAAUAAGACUUUCCUUGAAACCCUGAGAAGACUUGGUGCUGAUAUCCAAAAGAAGCUGAAAACAACCUUCUCUACAGAUUCCAGAGUCCAAAACAUGUUUGAUAUUCUGCUUGAUGAUGAAAUGGACAAGGACAAGAAAGAAAAGGCUGCAAACAACCUAAUCGUACUGGCCAGAGAAGAUGCGGGUGCAGAGAGAAUCUUCGAGAACAAUGGUGUGCAACUGCUCAUGAAACUGAUUGACACAGGAAAACCCGAGAUGAUCUUAGCUGCCAUCCGGACCCUGGCAGGAAUGUGCACUGGCCACAAAGCACGGGCCACAGCUAUUAUCCAUCUUGUGGGCAUCAACAAGCUGUGCAGCAUAAUGGCAGUGGAUAAUGAAGAGAUUGCCCUGGCAACCUGCAAUUUGUUCCAGUGUGUGUACGACUCCCUCACUGGCAGUGACCAGAGAAUUUAUGGGAAGGAAGAAUCGCUUGUAUUGGAUACGAGCAAUGACUUGAAGACCAUCCUACUUGCAAUCCUGGAUAUGGUGGCCAGCAAGAACGUGUCAGGACAUGGUCGGGACCAGGCUCUGAACCUCCUGACCAAGAACGUGCCACGAAAGGACAAGAAAGAUCCUGACCACUCCAAGGCCCUCUUCACAAUUGACCACGGUCUGAGGAAGAUUCUGAAGGUUUGCGGACAGGUGCCUGAGCUACCAGAUCAGUUACCCAUGACUGAAAACACCCAGCUUAUCGCUAGUGUGCUCCUAAGUAAAAUUUACGAUGACCUACGCUGUGACCCGGAAAGAGACAACUUCAGAGACAUCUGUGAUGAAUAUAUCAAGAGCAAGUUUGACCCCAAUAACAAUGACAAGAACAUCCAUGCCAUCAACGUGGUGUCCGGCCUUCUCCAAGGACCCUUUGACGUCGGUAACAUCUUGGUGGGUCGUCAAGGUGUUAUGGAGAUCAUGGUGGCGUUGUGUGGCUCGGAGCGUGAGGUGGACCAGAUGGUGGCUGUCGAAGCUCUCAUUCAUUCGUCCACUAAGACGAGCAGAGCUUCCUUCUUCAUCACCAACGGUGUGUCUCUGCUCAAAGACCUCUACAAAAAGACCAAGAACGAGAAGAUCAAGAUCCGAGCUCUUGUGGGGUUGUGUAAGCUGGGCUCAGCUGGAGGAGAUGACUACAGCAUGAGGCAAUUUGCUGAAGGUUCCACUGAGAAACUUGCCAAGCAGUGCAGAAAGUGGCUGUGCAACCCCACCCUGGAUGUUCGUACCAGGAAGUGGGCUAUUGAGGGUCUGGCCUACCUGACCAACGAUGCUGAUGUCAAAGAUGACUUUGUUGAGGAUGAGCCUGCCAUGAGAGCCAUGUUUGAACUUGCCAAGUCAAAAGAUAAGACCAUCUUGUAUGCAGUUGCCUGCACACUGGUCAACUGCACCAACAGCUAUGACAAAAAGGAAAUUAUUCCUGAGCUUGUGCAGCUGGCCAAAUUCUCCAAACAGCAUGUCCCAGAGCAACAUCCUAAGGAUAAGAAAGACUUUAUUGUCAGUAGAAUUAAAAAACUGUUGAAGGCUGGUGUUACCUCAGCCCUUGCUGUGAUGGUCAAAGCAGACAGCACCAUUCUAACUGACCAGACCAAAGAGAUGCUUGCAAGAGUGUUUCUUGCUUUGGCAGAAGAUUCCAGAGAUCGUGGUACUAUUGUUGCUCAUGGAGGUGGUAAGGCUUUGAUUCCAUUGGCUCUGGAGGGUACUGAAGCAGGAAAAGUCAAAGCUGCCCAUGCAUUGGCUAAGAUUGCAGCUAUUUCCAACCCAGAGAUUGCCUUUCCUGGGGAGAGGAUAUAUGAAGUUGUUCGCCCACUGGUUCUCCUGCUUCACCCGGAGAGAGACGGCAUGCAGAACUACGAAGCCCUCAUGGGUCUCACGAAUUUGGCUGCCUUGAACGACAAGCUACGGGUCAAAAUACUGAAAGAGAAGGCUCUCCCAGAGAUCGAGAACUACAUGUUUGAGGACCAUGACCAAAUCAGACAAGCUGCCACUGAAUGUAUGUGCAAUCUGGUGUGCUGCAAAGAGGUACAAGACAGGUAUCUGGAAGAUGGCAAUGACAAGCUGAAGCUACUUGUUCUGCUUUGCGGUGAGGAUGAUGAGAAACUCCAGAGAGCAGCGGCCGGAGCAUUGGCCAUGCUCACCGCGGCACAGAAGAAACUUUGCAUCAAGCUUACUAAAGUGACAGGGCAGUGGCUUGAGAUUAUGCAGAGACUGUGUCUCCAUGACAACCCCCAAAUUCAACACAGAGGCAUUGUGGCCGUCUACAACAUGUUGGAUGCAGACGAGGAGCUGGCCAAGAAGCUGAUUGAGAGCGAGUUGCUAGAGAUCCUCUCAGUUGUAGCAAAACAGGAAGACAACCCCAAGAGGCAGCCAGCUAUCGAUGCAGCCCGCACCUGCCUGUCCAAAGCAAUGGAUCUCGGACUUAUCAAGCCCUUCGCGUAA